AUUGAAGCAGUUCUUGGCAUGUUUAGUUCAAAUCUAACAACUGUAAUUCCUGUUGUAAUAGGAACAGUGCCUAUAAGAGAAGACCAGUUUAUUCAAAAUACAUUUACAAAUCCAGAACCUUCUUCAUAUUACUCUCCUGUUUCAUGUACCCAACCAUCAGCAUCUGAUUUUCCGCCAUCAUUUAAAGAAGCAACUAGUGUACCAGAGAAACAAAACUUGUCUUUGAUGGAAAAAUCUAUGCCAACAAGUAUUGCAUGGGGCAUGUAA